CGUAGCCAUGAGCUCAACACAGGCAGGCACUGCAGUGUGGAACGAGGAUGAAUUUGAUGCUGUUCUCAAUGAAUUCAAUGUGGUCAUCGAUGAUCUGUCCUGCUCCGCAAAGGCUGGCACUGAAUAUGUGGAACAUUUGAAUCGGAAGAAGAGGCUGGGUGCGAUGACUGCCCGGGAUAGUGGGAUCGAUGACCCAGAGAGCACGGCAUCAUCUGCUGGUAGCAGCUUGAGCUGCAGCGUUGAGAAGCUGAACUCCGUGGACACAGCAACAACCAAAGCCAAACUUGGAGACACAAAAGAUCUGGAGGAUUUUAUUGCAGACCUGGAUCAGACAUUAGCAGACAUGAUGUAGGCCGUCGCUGAGAUGUGCCAUCGGCUGUAUCGCGUGGAAACGGUGUGUGUGUGCAGACGUUGAGGGCCGGAUGCAGCCCUGGUGAUGCUUGGAACAAUGUAGUCCAAUAUGAGCUGUGUAAGACUGAGACAUUGUGUGCUGCUGGAGUGGUUCAUGGGAAGUUGCAGCAUUGUGCAGAGCUGAAACCAGCGCAAGAAGGAAGCUUUCAAAGCUGCAACGUUGCAUUGGAUUAAUUUCUCUCGUUGCAAACAUCCUUUGUGUCGAGUUGAAAGUAAUGUCAAAGUUUGCCCCACCUGAAGCUUAACAUCAAUCGAUCCUUAUCUCCAAACUUCUGAUCUGCAAACUCCAGUGUACAUUUGUAAAAUAUGUAUUUAUCAAUUUAAAACCAAUAAAGUAGUGGAACUCUUGACCGUUAA